AUGUCGUUUCGACCUUGCUUACACCUUCGAAUGCAGAACCGAGUUCGCAGAAUGACGACAAACUCCUCUAAGGAUCACAUAUUUGAGCUUCCAGAUGGGCGGAAGCUAGGAUACGCGGAAUAUGGUAGUGCAGCCGGUAAACCUCUUCUCUACUUUCACGGAUAUCCAUCCUGUCGCCUCGAGGCAUCGGUUGCCGACGAAAUGGCGAAACGGCAUAACAUCCGGCUCAUCUCAAUCGACCGUCCCGGGUUUGGAUUAUCAACACCGCAACUCAACCGACGACUUAUGGACUGGCCUGAGGAUGUUCUUAAUAUCGCAGAGGGCCUAAAUAUUCCACGAUUCGCAGUUAUGGGCUGUUCUGGAGGAGGGCCUUUUGCACUGGCCUGUGCCCAUGCGCUACCAAAAAGCAUGCUCACCGGAGUUGGUCUGUUUGCCAGCGGCCCCCCAUGGGCAGCAGGCGCGCAUCACAUGUCACUCUAUCGGAGGGUAUUUGUUUCACUAGCAAAAGUUGUACCAAGUGUGGUGUCAUCUGGGCUGGGCCUCUUCAUCCGCCUACUGGUAUGGGUAGUCAACACUCGCCCCGUGGUCAGUAGGACGAACCGAUGGUUGGAGGAAGCCAGCAAGAAAUCCCAAAAUGAAUUGUCCGGUUCGACUGACGGGGCGAAUGAUCUGCGUCCCGAGACGAGAACCCCUGAGGAACGGAGGCAGAAUCUAUUACAGAUGCUUGUCUAUGAGCCUUUUGUUCAAGGACCUGAGGCUGCUGUUCACGAGGCACUGAUAUUAAGCUCAAAGGAUUGGGGUUUCAAGUUUGAGAAUGUACAGUAUGAUGCGGUGAAAAUCUGGCAUGGGGCUAAAGACAAGAACGCCCCGGCAGUCGCCAUACGGUACUUAACAGAACGUCUACCUCAUUGCAAGUACACGGAAUUUGAAGAAGACACGCAUUAUACGAUGUGGAAACACUUCGAAGGGGCGCUGACUGAUUUGAUGUCAGAGGAAUCGGAGCAGAAAUCUGAUGAUCUGGGAACAAGAGUACACUAUCGCUCUAAAUAG